GAGGACUACCAUGCCAUCCUCGAGUUUAAAAUUGACAUCGAGACCAAAAAGUUUGUCUGCAGCAACCUGUUACCGCGUAGAUCCGCUCACAGCGUUAGGGGUUUUUAUUACUCCACUUUAUUACUGUCGGAAUCGCAAGGAACAGUCAUUCCGGAGUUUGCCUCUCUGACUGCAGUUGCACCAUUCGCAGGUUAAUGUCAGAAACCAGUAAGCACAGGCAAUUGUCGGCGGAUUCUCUUGCUUUAUAUUACUGGAAUGGAUCUUUUAUGUGAACGUGCGUAGCUGAUGGGUGAGUGAUGAUCCACAGGAAGCGAACCUGAGACAGCAGGACCUCAUUGCUCAGGCAAAGGGGGGCCCAUUUAUCAUUGUGACCGAGACAGUUCCUCAAGAACCCCUCCCUCCUCCCGCGUCCACCACCCGUGCCAGGACUAUCAUCCGCCACCCGCCGAGACGACACGGGUGGCCAAACGGCCACGGGAACCAGAAGAUUCCCCCCUCCCCCCCAAAAACAAUCAAGAGAAAUCCGACGGCCCCGACCAGGCGACUUCACCCUCCGCAUGCUGACUUCGUCCCAGAGUCCUCAGCUCGGCAGAGGCUGGAAUAUGGUGUAAUAAACGUCGGCCCGCUCGUGGUUUUUGCCGCCGGAGAAGUUUGAGAAGAGCAGCCGUCGAGCAGGGAAAGGAAGGGGGAAGGGGGCAGCCAUGCGCUGGCUGGUGCUGCUGACGCUGCAGGCCGUCUGGGCCGGCUUGUGCCAGGCCAUGCAGCACUACCCCUCCGUCUGGGGCCACUACGACGUCUGCAAGUCGCAGGUCUACACCGACGAGGGCCUGACCUGGGAUUACAUGGCCUGCCAGCCCGAGGCCACAGAUAUGACCAAGUAUUUGAGAGUGACCCUCGACCCCCCCAACAUCACCUGUGGAGACCCACCAGAGACGUACUGUGCUUUGGAAAAUCCGUACAUGUGCAAUAAUGAGUGCGAUGCCACCACUGAGGAGCUGGCACACCCCCCCGAACUGAUGUUUGACUUUGAAGGCCGGAACCCAACAACAUUCUGGCAGUCCACUUCCUGGAAGAAGUACCCGAAGCCACUGCAGGUGAACAUCACCCUGUCCUGGAACAAAACCAUAGAGCUGACAGAUGACAUUGUCCUCACAUUCGAGUCAGGUCGGCCGGAGCAGAUGGUCCUGGAGAAGUCGCUGGACUACGGGCGGACCUGGCAGCCGUACCAGUUCUAUGCCACCGACUGCCUGGACGCCUUCAUUAUGGAGCCCAAGACCGUCCACGAGCUCACGCAGCAGACCCUGCUGGACAUCAUCUGUACCGAGGACUACUCCCGCGGCUAUGUCUGGAAAUACGACAAGACCGUGCGCUUUGAGAUCAAGGACCGAUUCGCCCUUUUCGCCGGCCCCCGGCUCCACAACAUGGCCUCCCUGUAUGGACAGCUGGACACCACGAAGAACCUGAGGGAUUUCUUCACCAUAACUGACCUCAGAAUUCGGCUCCUUAGACCGGCCACAGGGGCCACCAUGGUGGACCAGGACAACCUGUCCAGAUACUUCUAUGCCAUAUCUGACAUCAAGGUGCAAGGAAGGUGCAAGUGCAACCUCCAUGCCAACAGCUGCGUCUUUGACAAAGAAAGGCUGGCGUGCGAGUGUGAGCACAAUACCACGGGCCCUGACUGUGGCAGGUGUAAGAAACACUACCAGGGCCGAGCGUGGAGUGUGGGCUCCUACUUGCCCAUCCCCAAAGGAACUGCCAAUAUCUGUAUCCCUAGUAAUCUUGGACCUGUUAUUCGGCCGAAUGUUUCAUCUCUAGGGGUUGCAAACCGAAAUCAAGCCCGUGUGUGCGACAACCUGAUGAUGCGCUGUCAGAACGGAGGCGUGUGUCACAACAACCAGCGGUGCCACUGCGCCUCCGGCUUCACCGGACUGCUGUGCGAGAAGCCCAGGUGUGAGGGCGAGGCCGGGGGCUGCCCCGGCGCCAAAUCGGGCCAGGACUCCCUCCUCCCACUGCCGCACCUCGUCGAAAUACCGCUGCUGAUGACCAUCGCCAUCUCUCUGCUCCGCCCGGCGCUUUGAGACCACACGCCAACCCAAAAAACACGGAACUGCCUUCGCCACUGUCGACAGCGGCGGAAAGGAACCUUAAUAUAUCGAAAUUACAAAAACAGACGUAUUCAAAUAAAUAACUGAGCACUUGCAUCAUAAACGGGGGGCAGCUGAGC